AGUCAGUCCCCCUCUUGCCUUUCACUGUAUCUCCUGCUUCUCCCUUGAUCCUGUGUCUCACGCAGACUCCACACCUGGUUAACCUGAACGAAGAUCCCCUGAUGUCUGAGUGCCUCCUCUACCACAUCAAAGAUGGCAUCACACGAGUUGGGCAGGAGAACGUGGACGUCAAACUGACAGGGCAGUUCAUUAAGGAGCGGCACUGCCUCUUCCGCAGUGUCACCACAGAGUCCGGAGAAGUUGUUGUUACGCUGGAGCCGUGUGAGGGUGCAGAGACCUACGUCAACGGGAAGCAGGUGACGGAGACACUCGUGCUGAGAUCAGGGAACCGAAUUGUGAUGGGCAAGAACCACGUUUUCCGCUUCAACCACCCGGAGCAGGCGCGGAUGGAGAGAGAGAGGAACCCCCCCCUCGAGAGCCAGCCGGAGCCGGUGGACUGGAACUUCGCCCAACGGGAGCUGCUGGAGAAGCAGGGCAUCGACAUCAAGCUGGAGAUGGAGAAGAGACUCCACGACCUGGAGAACCAGUAUCGGCGGGAGAAGGAGGAGGCCGACCUUCUUCUGGAGCAGCAGAGGCUGUAUGCAGACUCGGACAGUGGCGAUGAUUCAGACAAGCGCUCGUGCGAGGAGAGCUGGCGCCUCAUUUCCUCGCUGAGGGAGAAGCUCCCAGCCACCAAAGUGCAAACCAUUGUGCGUCGGUGCGGCCUGCCGAGCUCGGGCAAGAAGCGGGAGCCGUUGCGUGUUUACCAGAUCCCGCAGCGCCGCCGGUUGGCCAAGGACCCCCGCUGGCUGACACUGGCCGACCUCAAGAUGCAAGCCGUCAAGGAGAUCUGUUACGAGGUGGCGCUCAACGACUUCCGCCACUCCCGCCAGGAAAUCGAGGCCAUGAGCAUUGUCAAGAUGAAAGAGCUCUGCCGCCUCUACGGGAAGCGGGACCCCAACGAGCGGGACAGCUGGCGGGCCGUGGCCCGGGAUGUGUGGGACACUGUGGGGGUGGGCGAGGCCGAUGGGACCGUGACCUACAGCAAUGCUGGUGGGGGGGCCUCCGAUGGCCGAGCCGGUGCCCCCGGGACUGACGUAGAUGACCUCCGAGCUCACAUCGACAAGUUGACCGAUAUCCUUCAAGAGGUGAAAAUCCAGAACAACAUGAAGGAUGAAGAGAUCCGCUCUCUGCGGGAUCGUGUGGUCAAGAUGGAGCGGGUUAUCCCCAUCUCUGCCCAGGAGGACGAAGACCUAGAGAACGAAUGGGGCUCCUUGCUGCUUGCCGAAGACCUGGCAGUGGACAGCGAAGCUGCGGAGCAGCCGGGCAGCAAGGAGGAGAUGGAGGCAACCUCCUGCUCUGACCGGGUCACCCGCCUGAUGGAGAAGGACCCUGCUUUCCGCCGUGGGCGCCUCCGCUGGCUUCGGCAGGAGCAGGCCCGGCUCCAGAACCUGCAGCAGCAGCAGCUCAGCCGGUCCCUGCGCCGCAGCCAGCCGCAGGGAACCGCGCCUGGCAAAUUCAUCCCCCCGCAGGACUGCAAGCUGCGCUUCCCCUUCAAGAGCAACCCCCAGCACCGCUACUCCUGGGGGCCCAACACUGCUUUCAUGGUGGGGGGCGGCGGCAGUGGGGAGAAGGAGCCGGGGGCCAGUGUGGAGGCCCCCCAGCCUCCGAGCCCCCAGCCCGCCCGUCGAGGCAGUCCCCAGCCCCAGCAGAAACGUGCGGCCCGCCCAGCCCGGCGCAACUCCCUGGAGGGCGGGCAUCGGGGCCGGCGCGGACAAGGCCAGGAGCAGUACCCAGCCCGCAAGCACAACUACUACCCCCGCCAGCACCAGCCCUACCCCCAGCACCGGCCCGGCAACCCUGACAGCGAAACCCCCCCACGCAUGCGCCGACAGCGAUCAGCACCCAACCUGCAGCAGGAGAAGGAAAGCACUGUGUAA